GUUGGUUAUUUGUGCUGCUGCUCAUCAACAGAGAAUCUACUAGUUAUCUGUUCCUAAAACUAUACGACUUCGAUUCGCUCCAACACAAGAGAUGAAGGAGGAAUGUGGGAGUUUCAUGGCGGCCCUAUCUGUGAACGUGGUGACAGUCAACAUGUUACUGAGUGUCUUCUUUCUUUCAGGUGUUUUUGCUGGUUGUGAUGAGAACAAAGUUCAUCUCUUCAUCACUGCACCAAAGCAGAUGGAAGCACUGAGUGGAUCUUGUUUGCAAAUCCCAUGUAGCUUUAGAGAUAAACCAGGAGAAAAGGAUGAAAGUCAAACAAGAGAAAUGUUUGAUGGCAGCAGAGAAACUUUUGGGGUGUGGCUUAAAAGUGAACCAAGCUAUGGAAAUAAUCCAUCUAAUAUUAUUUUUAACAGCAGUAAGUCAGAAAAUUCCUUUAAAAUGAAAAUAAUUGGAAACCUGAGUCAGAAAAACUGCACCACUUUGUUUUAUAAUUUAAACUCAAGUCAGUCAGACACAUACUUCUUCAGGAUUGAGAACAAACCGUUCAAGGGAACAGCUUCUUGUGAUCCUGUUAAUAUAACAGUUAAAGAUUCUCCUCAGAGACCCAGAAUAGAAAUCUCAGGUGAUGUGAAGGACCUGAAGGAGAAGGAGUCUGUCACUAUAACCUGCUCAGCUUUCACUCCCUGUCCACACUCCCCUCCUGAACUCACCUGGAAUCUCCAACAAGACUCUCACAGACAAACAGAGGAAAACACAGAUGGAACCUUUACAACUAAAAUCCAGCAGAACAUCACUCUGUCACACACACAUGAUGGAUACACCAUCACAUGUUCUGCCAGAUAUCCUGUGGAUGGAGGAAAACGUGUGAACACAUUAGAGACAGAAGAGACUCUCAGUGUUUCAUGUAAGUGAUCCUGUCAGCACAUCAUGGUUCAGCUGCUUCUGAUCAAUAAAGUUCAUGUGUGUCAC